AUGACGGACCUACAACGUGCCACUGUGUCCGGCUGGACGUACACGCUGACCGGGUUCGGCGAGUUCCUCGAGAUGCGUCGUGUCGCAUUCGCCGAGCCGAUGCCAGCCACCUGCCUCUGCGGCGUCUGUGGCGUACUGACUCGCCGUACUGCGCUACUGCCGUGCGGCCACGUCUUCUGCGAGAGCUGCAAGUCUCAGCUGCCGCGAGGAAACGACCGCUGCUGCCCAUUCGACGGGAAGAAGUUCGCCGACUCGGACGUUCAGCUGAUCGAGCUGUGCGAGCUGGAGCAACGCCGCGUUGUGUGCUCGGCCAGCUCCCGAGUAUGCGGCUUCUCCGGCAAACUGUCCGAGCUCGCGGAUCACCUGACUCAGUGCGGCGGCGGAAAGGUAAAGUGCCGCAAGUGCCAGCGAUCCGUCUUUCGCGGCCACGCCGUGAAUCACUAUCGCAGCUGCACCGGCCCCCUGCAUGCGGCGAACGCUGAAGCGGCCGCCAAGGCAGAUGAGAUGGCGGACGUCGAGAAGAGCGCGCGGGAGCUGAUGUUUAUUAAAGGCGUUGACUUGGAAGCCGUGUUCAGCCGCUUUACGAACACUUUGGCAGACAAGAUAGCCAGUCUCGAGCGUCAGUUAGUCGAAGCGCAGAAGAGGUCCAACAGCAAUCGGCAGCCGGCAGUCCCUACUGAGAAGGAGGCGGCGGUUAUCCAGGGACCGUACCGCGCUGCUUCCAGAGCAGGCGUUCUGAUCACCACGUGCAAGUUCGCCAAUGUCUGCGCAGCGCUCGACUCUCUAAACGAGAAGAAAACGCAAAUAGUGAAACCAACUGCUACGUAUUCGCUGGGAGGUUAUACCUUCUGCCUCGCGUGCAAGUUCUCCAAGAAUGGAAGCGAGAUCAACGCGGAUUUCGCUCUCUUUUUGCGCGACGGUGAGUGGGAUAGUUACGUGGAGUGGCCUUUCAAAAAGAAAGUUACACUGAUCAUGAUGCACCCCAAGGACGCAGCAAAAGACGUCCGCUUGCCGGUAACCAUGGAGGAACACGAUAUGGUGAAGAAACCCUAUGUUGGCUCUUGGAACACGAGCUGCUUUGCAGACAGUAAGAACUGGAAGGACAUUGAACUUCAUGGUUAUGUCGAUAGAGGUGCCCUCUAUGUAAACGUUGAGUUCGAAUAA